AUGUGGGUAAAAAUGCUCAAACGUGUUGUAGCCGUAACCGAAUGCUUUUCAUUUGAAACGACUAAACGGGAAUCAGGUGUAUCAAAAAUUCUGACAGAAACUCUUUACCCAAACAACAUAAAACAUAUGCUUACCUUUAUAAUUAAAACCAAUAUAAUCAAUCGUUUAUAAUUUGUAAAUUUUAUAUGUACAUAAUGCAAUUAAAAAAAAAAAAAAAAAAUGUGAACCUUUAAAACACUUUGUAUGCCAAUGACCAUAGAUGUCGAGGCUUAUUUAUCAAUAAAAAAAAUAUAAAACUGCUUUUAAAGAACAUAAUCACCUAAAAAUAUUUUAUUCAAGUCUUUCUGAAAUAAAUUUUAAACGUAUGAAAAGUUUUGCUAAAAAAUUUAUUAUUGCUUUCGGUAGUACUUAUAUUUUUGAGUAGACAUUUUCAAUAUUUAAAUUUCGAAAAAAUAAGCAUUGUUCAUGAUUAAGCGAUGAGCACGUGAAUGCAGUUCUAAAAAUAUUAACAUCCAAUAUGAAAGCGGAUAUAAACGAAUUAGCGGAAAAAUGUCAACCUCAAAAAUCACAUUAGAAAUUAAAUAUUUAUAUCCUUUUGCACUUAAGAAUUAAUUAAUAAUAGUUUUUAAAUUGUCUCUGCUAAUGAAUUUAAUUCAAAAUUAUUUAAUAAGGACAACCUCGUAAUGUGUUACUCAUAAUAUAAUUGUUGCUAUUCAUAAAUAUAUUAGUAUUAUACGUUAAAAUUUUAUUUUUAUUAACGUUUAUUUUAAUGUUGUAUACCCUAAAUGAAAAGAUGAUAAAAAAUAUGGCUCGCGUGAGUAAAAAGGUUGCCUACAUGAAUAAUUUUGGGUUAUUACAAAUAACCAACUGGAUUUUUCCUUCGGUGUUGUCCCUUUGUCCAAUACAAACCUGUUAUGCAAUAAACAUAUGGUCAUCUACGCAUUACGUUUCUUAUAUCACGUACUUUGUUUCCCACCGAAAUGAAUGUCCGUGAUAAGGCAAGGGAUUUAUUUCUCAGGAUAUAAGUAUCAUUCUACUUGUUGUAUACACUUUUAUUUUGCAUAUUACGUUAUAUCUCUUAUAGUUGUGCAUGCGAAAUUCCAAUUUUUACAAACAAUUUUUCAAACGGUCAAAAACUGAUUAGUACAAGCUCAUUAUUAUUUUACAUCACUAACUACAUACGUAGGUACCCUAAUUAUUGUAAUUACUGUAGGUGAGUUAUUUAUUAAUAAACAAAUAAAUAUAAAAAAAUAUAUUGAUAUAGGUACCUCCAGAUACCUACAUAGGUAUCAAAUUAAAAAAUAUGAAGACAAAUUUUGCCUCCCAAAGGUUGGGAAUAUUUAAAAAAAUAUUAGAUUUAAAAAAAAUCAUCAUCAGAUACCUUGGCCAAUAUAACUGGAAUAUAUUAAUUUUUUUAAUUGAUGCUGGCCUUAAAUACAAAUAACAUAUUAUUAUAUACCCUUUGAACUACAUUUUUCUUCAUAUUUUUAAAAUUGUACAUUCAUUUGAUUGUUAUAUUUUUGAGCAACCAAUUUAAUUAACCUCCAAAAGAAUAAAAUUUUUUUUUUUUAAAUUUAGUAAGAUUACUGAUAACCUACUAUUUUUUCAAUUUGAAUUCUUAACUUACUUGUUUUAUAAACUAUAUGAAACAUAACAUUUAUAGGUUUAUGUUUCAUAUAGUUUAUAUUGUUUUAGUAAGGUAAUCAUUUUAGUUUUACAAACAAAUUCUAUAAAAUAUACUUAUAUACCUGUAUUUAUUAACUAUGUAUUAUUAAACAUUAAUAUGAUUAAAAUUACCUAUAUAAUUAAUUAUUUUGUAAUUUAUUGCAGCUAAAAUGAGUUCAUUCAAAUCUAUGAAAAAUGAAAAUAAAAAAAUAUUUGUCUCCAAUGUACCGUAUGAAUUUAAAUUGGAGGAGUUGGAAGAGCUAUUUAAAAAAGAAGGUAUAAACAUUAUUUAAUAUAAUAUUUAUUUAUUAUAACAAUAAUUUUUGUUGUUAUAAUGUAUGUAGUACCUUUCUAUUUUGAUACAUGCAAUAAAUAGUGGUUUAAUUUGAAUAUAUAAUUUUUAAAUAUUAUUUGUGUGUUUGACAAUAUUUGUUGUAUUUUGUUUUAGUUGGUGAUGUAUUAUCUGUAGUUUAUUACAAAGAUCCUAAAGAUAUAUUUCUAGGUUGUAUCACAGUUGAAUUUAUCAGAGUAGAGUCUGCUCAAAUGGCAAUUGACAAGAUGAAUGAUUUUGAAAUAAAUGGAAACAAAUUAAUAGUUAAGGAGGUUAAUAUCCAAAGAGACUAGAUUAAUUAAUUUAAUCUCUCUACUAAUUUCCAUAUUAGAUUCAUUUUUAUUUUAUUUUAUUUUCUAAGUAAUAUAUGUAAUGCAUUAUACGUUUUGAAUUUUCCUAUUCUGUUGUAGGACAAUAUUGAAAGAGAUAAGUCUGGAUAUCCAUUGUUAAAGACAUUCCACACUAUUAUUGGUGAUGCAUAUGAAUUUACUGUGCCUAAAAUAUCUAUACUGGAUGAAAUGAAUCAGGGAGGUAAUAAAUACAGAAAGUAUUAAAAAGUCUAUACCUAUACCUAGUAAACCAUGUGAAUGGACUCAAUACUAUAAGUAUACUCAUUAUUUUGUUAAGAAUUAAUUUUUUUCAAAUUUUUUUCAACAAUUCAAGAAACAAGCAGCUCUGUUUAGAUAGGGGGAAGUAGUAGAGCAUGUUUGGUAAUGAUGUUCAAUUACUCUCCCCUACCAAACUUAAAAGUGGAAUAUCAUGUCAACAGGUUGAACAAAAAUAAAAUAUUUUAACACUCAAAUUUAUUUAAACUAAUAUUCCAUUUAUUUAUAACAUUUUUAAUAUAGGUUUUCAUUAGAAAAUCUAAAGUAGGUUAUCGUUCACAACUAUAAAUAAGGGUUGAUAGUAUUAAGAAAUGAUUAUUUGGAAAACCUCAUGGAACACAAAGACAAUAUGUAAAUAAACAUUUAAUACCUAUCUGUCUAUAUAUAUUUAUAUAUUUGAUAAAAUAUAAUAGAUUAUUAUAGUACAAAUUCAAUUGUAUCUGUUCUAUUCAAUUUACACAUCAUAUUAAUAAAUCAGUCUCCAUUUUCAUUGUUUUUGCACUAUAGUCUUUAAAACAGAAUACAGUAAUAGUGUCCUACUGUGUUGUCUAAAUGCUAAUAAAGCUGUCAAUAUUCAUUUCUUAUUUUAUUAGGUUUUGUGUCAGAGGGACACAAAUGUAGAGAAAAAUUCAAUUUUUAUUUUCAUCCCUAAAUCACUAUUUUAUCAAAUAUGUAAAACUAUACAUAUACACAUUGUUUUUGUGUUCGAUGAUGUUUUCCAAAUAACAAUUCCUUAAAAGUUAAUGAGAUUUGGUAGCAUACAAAUUUUAUGUUUCUCUAUAUUUGCGCCCUUAAUACAAAAUGUACAAAAAAAAAACUAACAUUGGGAGAGUUAUGAGCAUUUUAAUAUUGUAGAAUACCCUGUAUUUUGAAUUUCAAAACAAAAUUCAAAAUUAUUUAUUAUACAAAUUGUAUUUACAAGUGCUCUUUUAAGAACUCUCCAAUUAAGUCUAGGAACCCAAGGCAUUGCCACUCCAUAAUAUUCCACUGUUAAAUUAGUUAAUGUUUAUUAAAUAAACCAUAACUAGUAGCUAUAGAAAAUAAUAUUAUCGAUGAUAUUGAAAUACCUUACAAGUCCUAAAUUAAUUUUUUUCAGGAAACAUGAAUAUGUUUAUAAAAUCAAUCUUUUUCUGAUUUUACUACAAAUAUAUCAAAAUAAUCUGGAUGAUAUAAAUUAUAGUUUAUUUUACUUAUGACUUAGGAGGUAUUGUUUUGUAGUUUCAUAAAUAUAGAUGAUAUAAGAAGUAUUAGGUAGUGUAUAUUUUAUUUUGACAAAGGAUGCAUGCCAAUCUUUUGGCAAUACUGCCUUAAGUUACUGUAGAUCUUGUUAGUUUAAUUUGGGAACUUUUAUCGAAGACUCAUAGAAUUGUUUAAGAAUAAUAGAUAACAAUGGCCAGAUCAUCAUCAAAGUUUUCAAUCGUGCUAUUAUAACAGAGAACUUUAGUUAAAGUAACUGUUGAUUCACUAGUAGUUUUUUUCUGGUCCCAUAUUAUCAUAUCUGUUAAUAUUUUUCUGAUAAUUUAAAAGAAAGGAAAUAUAACAAUCUUUUAUUUUACAUGGAAAUGGUGUAGGCCUUACAGAGUUGGUUAUUUUUUUGUAGUUAGAUAGUAGAUGAAUAUUUGUAUUUCACUCUAUUUGUGUGCGGCCUUUGGUUAGAUAUUUAUGUUCAAUGAUUAUUUUAUGUGUAACUCCAGCACCCAUCACUCUAUAAUAUUAUAUUCUCAUUUGGAUUAUUGUUAUAACAUAAAGUUAAUUGGUCAAUAAUACAACUUUUAAGGACAGAAGCAGUUAAGGUACACUGAGUUUUAUUCCAUCAAUAACAUACACUCAUGUGUUCCAAGAUUGUACAUUGUAAAAUUGUGUACACAUAGUAUGGAUUUUUAGUUGUUUAGUAACUAAUGUAACCUAUUUUAUGACUACAGCAUUGAUCAUAUUGAUCUUUUUUGGAUGAAAACAAGGAAAGAUUAUUUUCCUCAAAAGUAUCAUUGAUAUAUUUUCUUGACACAGGUAUUUUUUCAUUUAUUUUACCUUCAUCAAUAUACAUUGUAUACAGCUGUGACUUGGGUGGUACUUGUGGUUCUAAAUAGUCUUGAAGUAAACUUUCUGCAGUAAUGAAAUUUUAAUUUUAGUAGUUUAUUUAGAAAAACUUUAAAUUCUUUUUGACCAGAAUUGUUUUUAAGAGACCUUGUUUUUGUAUCUUGAGGUCUUUUGGUAGAUUUGUAAUACACUAAUGGUAGAUACACUAAUUGUGCACUUGAUUUUCCUCCUAACUAAGAGUAUUUAAAAAUAUUUUUUAUAGACAUUUAAUGGGGACACUAAUGAGUUAAAAAAAUUGAAAAGUGUAUAAGUGCUUUAAAAAUUGAUGCUUCAGUUUUUAUUUGUUUUACAGGGACUUUUUCCCCUAACAUAAUAUUAACUAACAUAUUUUCUUUUGAUUCCAACUUAAAGUAGACCAUUAAUAGUUAAAUAUAUAUUUUAAUCUGUCUUUAUAUUAGAAAAUCUAUGAUACAUUUUUUUAAAACAAUUUCUCAUAUGAGAUACAAGUAAGAUCCAUAUUUCUAGUUUUUUGUUUAUAUUAUGAAAAAUAUGUUUAUUUGUCUGUAACCCAAAUAAUCUUCACCUUUCCUACACAAUAAAUUAUUAUAGUAUCUUUUCCAAUUUUCAGAUAAAACUUCAUUUGUAGUAAAAAUAUCAUCAUUCAUGUUAAUACCAUUGAUAAUAAUAAUAUUGUCAUUCACAAUAACAUCAUCGUUCUGAACCUCUAGUAAUUGUAUGUACAUUUUCAAUUUUUUUGGAUUUAUGAGGUAUUACUGACAAUAUUAGAAAUUGUAUUAUUUAUUUAAGUAAACAAUAAUAAUAGUAAUUUGUAUUUUGCAAUUUAUUUUAAACCGUAAAUCAACAAUAAAUAUAUUUCAACAAUAAAAUACUUCUUACUGUAAAGUAAAAAUUAUAUUAGCUCAAGGACUAAUUAUUAAUAUUGUUAUUUGUAUUUUUUUUAUUACAGAAGAUCUUAAUUUAAUUAAUUCUGAUUCAGAAAUACAUUUGAAUGUCGCUAAUAUGCCUGAAAGCAUUUCAUUGGGUAAUUUAAAUUGUGAUCCAUCAUGUAGAUAUGUUAGAUCUAUAUCUUCUCAAGUGAUUUAGUCAAAAUUAAAGUACAUUAUUUUUUAUUUUGCAUACAUUUUAUCAAGCAGAGGCAUUUUAUGGAUUCGAAUUUGAAAAUUGGAGUGAUAAUAAUAGCAUCCCUGUUUUACAAAAUACUACUGAUUCUGAGGAAGAAGUUGAUUCAAAAAUAUACCAAAAAGUACCUAAUAUACCAAAUAAUACAUCCUUAAGUAAUCUAGACAAUUUCUUAGGUCUGUAAGUUGACUUGAAACUUUAUUUUCUUAGGUAUCUUAAUACAACAUUAAGUUUUUUUUUUUUAUGCUUAAAUUUAUAUCAAUCAGAGGCAAAUAAUAGCUUUAGCGAUUGGAGCGAUGACAAUAGCUAUUGUAUAAAUAUCAAACAAGAGGAUACUAGAUCAAACAAUUCUUCUUUGUAUUUAAGUAAGUAAUAUGAUUUAAAUAUUCUUGGAUACAGAAUUAUUUAACAUUGCUGGUCAACAAUACCAUUUAUGGGAAUUUUUUUAACAGUAAUUAGAUACAAUUAAUAUUAUUUAGAAAUAUAUAGGUAAUAUAAAAUAUAUUCACUAUUCAACACUUAGCAUUUAUGUCUUUAGAUGUCUUAAAUAAUUAACAUUUAUUUGAUAAAAUAUUAUUACUAAAAGAUAAUCUAUAAAAUAACUGUGUAGGUACCAACAUUUAGUUACCAAAUUAUUUAGUACCUUAAUUUAUACCUUAAUUUAGUUAACCAAUAUUAUUCAUGCAUUCGUACAUUUUCAGUUUUUUCUUCAUUUAUUUGAUAUAAAUUAUUCACAAUUAUUGGGAAAACUCCUGCUCAAAAAAUGAACUCCCGUACAUAGUAUAAAAAAGAAAUAUCUUUAUAAAACCUAUACAUUCUUCGCUACACUCAGAAUUUAUUAACUAAAUAAUUUAGUAUAUUUAUUUUAAAUGCCGAGCAAAGUGAGAGUUUUAUUGGUUUAACUAUACUGUGUGUAUUUUUUCUUCUGUCUGGAAACAACUUGUCAAAAACAAAUCUUGCUCCGCGAUGUAUAAAGUAUAUUACCUUUUCUAAAAGUAAAUUUUAUCAAGUCGGUGAAUUAAAGAGGUUUUUUCUAAACAGUUUCAUUUAUUUUAAAAAGCUUACUGAAUUAAUUGAUUAACAGUCCAGGUCUCGGAACCUUAUUGCAUUUAAAACCAUCAAAAAAUCUCUAAAAAAAACACUUGAAAAAUAUUUAAAAAAAGCAAAAACCAGGAGAAGGAUUUAAAUUUUCUACUCUAACAGCUUUAACAUAUCUAAUACAAUUGUCUAACACUAAAAAAUUAAAGGUGACCCAAAGUUAUUUUUUUUUAAAUACAUAUAAUUUUAUUUAAACAAAAAAAUGUUUUGUUAAUAAUUUUUGUCGUGUUAGAAAAUUAAUGUUAAUGAUUUAGAGUCGAUAGAUAGGGAUAAUUUAAACCCUUCUACUAUUUGGUCCAAUAAUAUUUGUACAAAGUCCUUUUUUUCAAGGCCUUUUUUAAUAUUUUUAAGCGCUUUUUUGUGCAAUAAGUUCUGAGCCCUAAUUAUUACGUUAUAAAAUAAAAAUAUAUCCAUACAAAUUUUUGCAUAAUGUUAUCUAGAACCACUAAAGUGGCUACUACCACUACCACCACUACCACCUCAAAAAUUUGGCAUAAACCCCGUAUUUGGCACUACUGAAUAGACUCCCUUAUGUAUAAUGUUGUCAGCCUAUACCCAAAUGAUGAAAUUAAAAAAAAAAUAUAUAUUUUUUGUCCAAAGUGUAUAUUUAUUAAAUAUUUUAUCAAAAACGAAACUUACAAACUUACUAAGUUAAUAACUAUUCUAAAUCUUGUACAAUGGAAUUAAAAGUAGGGGAAAAGUUUUCUUGAUACUAUAUUAAAGUAGUUUGUAAUAUUAUUAAUAUUUCAUACAUUGAGGAACAGAACUUUAUUAACAGACUAGAUUGUGUUAAAUGAUAUAUUUCUUAGCACAUUUUCAUUUUUGAUACUUUUUUUUAUAGUUCAUUAUUUUAUAAUUUAAAUAUCAUUUAUAAAUGGCUAAUUAAAAUUCUUAGUCUUAGUAAUAUUAUUUUAAUUUUUCUAUAAAUUUCAAAACUGUAAUCCUUUUUGUAAUUAAAACUUGCUGUAGGUACUUAAUUUGUAAAUCUACAUUUAGACUUUACCUACAUUAAAUAUUUAAAUGUGAGAAAAUAAAAAACUUAAAAUUUUGAAUGUUUAACAUUUUUAUCUUAAUUAUUUGUAUGUUAUUUUGAAUUUUAAAUAUUUAUAUGUAUUGAAAACAAAUAUUUAAAAACUAGGUAUAUUGUUUUAUUUAGUUUAUCUUAUAUAAAUACCUAAAUAGGAUACAGUCAGGUAUCAACAAUUUGUCCUGUAUCCUAAUAUCUUUGUUAAUCAUCAUUCUGCUGUUUACAUCAAAAACAAUUAUACAUAUAUAUUAUUUAAUGUUAGUUUUAAUUAUUAUAAUGACAUUUUUGAAUUUUUUUAGGUUCUCUAAGUGGUGAAGAGGAUGAUUCUUUUUCAUCAGCAACACUGGAUAUGCCUAAAUCAUCAAAAUGGUGGAGGAAGCUUACUUGCUGCUUAAAUUAG